AUGGAUCACAAUGACCCUCAUAAAUACGGAGCUUCUGAUUGUACUAGUGGAGCUUCUUUUUAUUUGGUUUCUCAAGGACAUUUAUCUGUAACUUCUCCUGAAACUCCUUCAUAUUCCUCUUCUACUAACAGAAACUCCGUUCUCUGGGACUUUCUUGGCGUUUGCUCCAACAACCCACCUCUUCGACCACCGCCUGUUAAUUUUCGCUCUUCAUUUACAGCACCCACAAACUUUCUUACUCUAAAUUCUGGAGGGGCUGAGGCUCAGCUUCACCACAUCCCUUCUAACCCUCGGCCUCCUAUUGCCCCUACUGUGCCUCCUUCUCCCGUUGGUGACAACCCCACUGGGCUUUUAUCCUCAUCCCGUCCACCCACCAAAGGGUGCAGGAGGAUCGACGGUGCCACUGCUGAAUAUCGUCAUCAACGAAAGUUGAGGAACCGAGGAGCGGCAGAGAGAUCUCGCGCGAGGCGAAAUGCAUACGAUAUGGAGCUAAAAGUAAAAAUUGCAAUGCUGAGGGAAGAAUAUGAGGAAUUAAAACGAAAGGAGGAGGAGCUCCGUUUGGCUCUUGAGGAAACCCGGCCAUUGAACCUUAGACGGUCCUUCAGUGCUCCUGUGUAA